AAAAAAAUGCUUCAAUUUUUUUAGACGGCUGCCACAACCUGCUGCGUACGUCCAACAAUUUGUAAAGAAAAAGCCGGAAAAAUUGCUUAAAAAUCACAAAAAACAUAAUAAAAGUGAAGUUUAAGUGUAGCAAAAUGUUUUUACAAUAAAAUUUUAACAAAAUAAAUGAAUUUUUCGCGAAAAAAUUCAUUUGAAAAAUUUCUUUGUUGAAUUGAUGAAAUUCGUAUGAAGAAAAAAUCACACGAAGCGAGAGUCUAGAAAACGACAGCAAACGAACUUUUUAAAAAAAAGUGUUGAAAUCGCCAGCGGAGUCUCAGCUCGAGGUUAGCGGAGCGCUAGCGAAAGUUUUUUCUUUUUUUUGAUUACAAAGACUAGAGGGGUAGUGUUAGAAACCCCCCGUAAUAGUUUUAAGUAGAGGAAUUUUAGAAAUUUAGACACAAAAUGGCUACUAAUGAUUCCAAAGCGCCUAUAAGGCAGGUAAAACGUGUGCAAUUCGGUAUAUUGUCUCCGGAUGAAAUUCGACGUAUGUCAGUCACAGAGGGCGGUGUACAGUUUGCCGAAACCAUGGAAGGUGGCCGUCCCAAAUUAGGUGGUCUUAUGGAUCCCCGUCAAGGUGUCAUAGAUCGUACCUCACGUUGCCAAACCUGUGCUGGCAAUAUGACAGAAUGUCCCGGCCAUUUUGGCCACAUCGACUUGUCUAAACCCGUAUUUCAUAUUGGUUUUAUAACAAAAACCAUCAAAAUUUUAAGAUGUGUUUGCUUUUAUUGUUCCAAAAUGUUGGUAUCACCACAUAAUCCCAAAAUCAAAGAAAUUGUUAUGAAAACAAAGGGACAACCGCGUAAGCGUCUGGCUUAUGUUUAUGAUUUGUGUAAAGGCAAAAAGAUUUGCGAAGGUGGUGAAGAUAUGGAUAUGACAAAAGAUGGACAACCGGCUGAUCCAAAUAAAAAACCUGGUCAUGGUGGUUGCGGUCAUUAUCAGCCAUCGAUUAGAAGAACUGGUUUAGAUUUGACAGCCGAAUGGAAACAUGUUAAUGAAGAUUCACAGGAGAAAAAAAUGGCCAUAACAGCUGAACGCGUUUGGGAAAUUCUAAAACACAUUACUGACGAAGAGUGCUUCAUUAUGGGUAUGGAUCCUAAAUACGCACGUCCCGAUUGGAUGAUUAUCACUGUAUUACCCGUCCCUCCCUUGGCUGUACGACCCGCUGUUGUGAUGUUUGGUGCCGCUAAGAAUCAGGAUGAUUUAACGCACAAACUUUCCGAUAUCAUUAAGGCCAACAAUGAAUUACGUAAAAAUGAAGGCACCGGUGCUGCAGCUCAUGUUAUUAUGGAAAAUAUAAAAAUGUUACAAUUUCAUGUAGCCACACUCGUUGACAAUGACAUGCCCGGUAUGCCCAGAGCUAUGCAAAAGUCUGGCAAACCUCUGAAAGCCAUUAAAUCACGUCUAAAGGGUAAAGAAGGUCGUAUUCGUGGUAAUUUGAUGGGAAAACGUGUAGAUUUCUCAGCACGUACUGUCAUUACACCCGAUCCCAAUUUACGUAUUGAUCAGGUCGGUGUACCACGAUCCAUUGCACAGAAUUUAACUUUCCCCGAAUUGGUAACACCUUUCAACAUAGAUCGUAUGCAGGAAUUAGUAAGACGUGGUAAUUCACAAUAUCCCGGCGCUAAAUAUAUUGUACGUGACAAUGGUGAACGUAUUGAUUUACGUUUCCAUCCCAAACCUUCUGAUUUACAUUUACAAUGUGGCUAUAAAGUUGAACGUCAUUUACGUGAUGAUGAUUUAGUUAUUUUCAAUCGUCAGCCCACUUUGCACAAAAUGAGUAUGAUGGGUCAUCGUGUUAAAGUUUUGCCGUGGUCAACAUUCCGUAUGAACUUGUCGUGUACCUCACCCUAUAACGCUGAUUUUGACGGUGAUGAAAUGAAUUUGCAUGUCCCUCAAUCGAUGGAGACGAGAGCUGAAGUGGAGAAUAUUCACGUUACUCCACGUCAGAUUAUUACACCACAGGCUAACAAACCCGUCAUGGGUAUUGUGCAGGAUACACUGACAGCCGUACGUAAAAUGACAAAACGUGAUGUCUUUAUCACACGCGAACAGGUCAUGAACUUGCUUAUGUUCUUGCCCACUUGGGAUGGUAAAAUGCCACAACCGUGUAUUUUAAAACCCAAACCUCUAUGGACCGGUAAACAAAUCUUCACCCUGAUCAUUCCUGGCAACGUAAACAUGAUACGUACUCACUCUACACAUCCGGACGAUGAAGAUGAUGGUCCUUAUAAAUGGAUUUCUCCCGGUGACACAAAAGUAAUGGUAGAACAUGGUGAAUUGAUUAUGGGUAUUCUGUGUAAGAAAACCCUAGGUACCUCAGCUGGUUCUCUGCUGCAUAUUGUCUUUUUGGAAUUGGGUCAUGAGAUUGCUGGACGUUUUUAUGGUAAUAUUCAGACUGUCAUUAACAAUUGGUUGCUGUUAGAGGGUCACAGUAUCGGUAUUGGUGAUACAAUUGCUGAUCCUCAGACCUAUAAUGAAAUUCAGAUGGCCAUUAAGAAAGCCAAAGACGAUGUCAUUAACGUUAUUCAGAAAGCUCACAACAUGGAAUUGGAACCUACACCUGGUAAUACUUUGCGUCAGACUUUCGAGAAUCAAGUAAAUCGUAUUUUGAACGAUGCUCGUGACAAAACUGGUGGUUCCGCUAAGAAAUCUCUUACUGAAUACAACAAUCUAAAGGCUAUGGUGGUGUCUGGUUCUAAAGGUUCCAACAUUAAUAUUUCCCAGGUUAUUGCUUGUGUGGGGCAACAGAACGUAGAAGGUAAACGUAUACCUUAUGGUUUCCGCAAGCGCACUCUGCCACAUUUCAUCAAAGACGAUUACGGUCCUGAAUCUAGAGGUUUCGUCGAAAAUUCAUAUCUAGCCGGUUUGACUCCAUCCGAAUUCUAUUUCCACGCUAUGGGUGGUCGUGAAGGUCUUAUUGAUACUGCUGUAAAAACAGCUGAAACUGGUUAUAUCCAGCGUCGUCUUAUAAAGGCUAUGGAAUCUGUAAUGGUAAAUUAUGAUGGUACUGUGCGUAAUUCUGUGGGCCAACUUAUUCAGUUGCGUUACGGAGAGGACGGUUUGGCUGGUGAAACGGUAGAGUUUCAGAAUCUGCCUACUGUUAAGUUAUCGAAUAAGUCUUUUGAAAAACGUUUCAAAUUUGACUGGUCCAAUGAACGCUAUAUGCGCAAAGUGUUUACCGAUGAGGUUAUUAAGGAGCUGAGUGAAAGUGGCAAUGCAUUGCCUCAACUAGAGGUAGAAUGGGAACAAUUGUGCCGUGAUCGUGAGGCUUUAAGAGAAAUUUUCCCUAAUGGUGAUUCCAAGGUUGUACUGCCUUGCAAUCUACAAAGAAUGAUUUGGAAUGUGCAAAAAAUUUUCCAUAUCAACAAAAGAAUGCCCACUGAUUUGUCUCCUCUAAGAGUUAUUAAUGGUGUGCGUGAUCUUUUGCAACGUUGUGUUAUAGUGGUGGGCAAUGAUCAUUUGUCUAAACAGGCCAACGAAAACGCUACUUUAUUGUUCCAGUGUUUGGUGCGUUCUACCUUGUGUACCAAAUAUGUAGCAGAAGAAUUCCGUUUGUCUACCGAGGCAUUUGAAUGGUUGAUUGGUGAAAUUGAAACUAGAUUCCAACAGGCUCAAGCUAAUCCCGGUGAAAUGGUGGGUGCCUUGGCUGCCCAGAGUUUGGGUGAGCCUGCCACACAGAUGACACUGAACACUUUCCAUUUUGCUGGUGUAUCCUCAAAGAACGUAACCCUGGGUGUACCACGUCUAAAGGAAAUUAUCAAUAUUUCCAAGAAACCUAAAGCUCCUUCCCUAACGGUGUUCUUGACGGGUGGUGCUGCUCGAGAUGCUGAAAAGGCUAAGAAUGUUUUAUGUCGUUUGGAACAUACUACUCUGCGUAAAGUAACCGCCAAUACUGCUAUCUACUAUGAUCCUGAUCCUCAACGUACUGUAAUAGCCGAAGAUCAAGAAUUCGUUAAUGUUUACUAUGAAAUGCCUGAUUUUGAUCCCACACGCAUUUCACCCUGGUUGCUGCGUAUUGAACUUGAUCGUAAGAGAAUGACAGAUAAGAAAUUGACCAUGGAACAGAUUGCUGAAAAGAUUAAUGCAGGUUUUGGUGAUGAUCUUAAUUGUAUUUUCAAUGAUGACAACGCCGACAAAUUGGUCUUGCGUAUACGUAUCAUGAAUAAUGAAGAAAACAAAUUCCAAGAUGAGGAAGAGGCCGUAGACAAAAUGGAAGAUGAUAUGUUCUUGCGUUGCAUUGAGGCCAACAUGUUGUCUGACAUGACACUGCAGGGCAUAGAGGCCAUUGGCAAAGUGUAUAUGCAUUUGCCACAAACCGACAGUAAGAAACGUAUUAUCAUCACAGAAACAGGAGAAUUUAAAGCUAUCGGAGAAUGGUUGUUGGAAACUGAUGGUACCUCUAUGAUGAAGGUACUCUCGGAACGUGAUGUUGAUCCUGUACGUACUUCAUCCAAUGAUAUUUGUGAAAUUUUCCAAGUACUUGGCAUAGAAGCUGUGCGUAAAUCCGUAGAAAAAGAAAUGAACGCUGUGCUACAGUUCUACGGUUUGUAUGUAAACUAUCGUCAUUUGGCCUUGUUGUGUGACGUAAUGACCGCAAAGGGUCAUUUGAUGGCCAUUACACGUCACGGUAUCAAUAGACAGGAUACUGGUGCUCUUAUGAGAUGUUCCUUUGAAGAAACCGUUGAUGUGUUGUUGGAUGCUUCAGCUCAUGCUGAGACAGAUCCUAUGAGAGGUGUAUCAGAGAAUAUUAUUAUGGGUCAAUUGCCGAAAAUGGGAACUGGUUGUUUCGAUUUGUUGCUGGACGCUGAGAAGUGUCGUUAUGGUAUUGAAAUUGCCAAUACUUUGGGCUCUAGCAUGUUGGGAGGUUCGGGCAUGUUCUUUGGUGCUGUUGCCACGCCCAGUAUGUCACCACCACGUACUCCUUGGAUUCAGUGUGGUACUCCCAAAUAUUUGUCGCCUUCUGGACAAAUGAGUGGCAUGACACCCGGAGGACCCAGCUUUUCGCCUUCGGCAGCUUCAGAAGCCUCGGGUAUGUCACCCAUAUGGUCACCAGCUCAUCCUGGUUCAUCACCCUCUUCUCCGGGACCGGCUAUGUCACCCUUCUUAUCGCCCUCUCCAAAUGUAUCACCACCCUCGUACUCGCCCACAAGUCCCAACUAUACGGCAUCAUCACCUGGCGGAGCAUCACCCAGUUACUCACCACUCAGUCCGAACUAUUCGCCUACCAGUCCAGUUUAUGCCUCCAGUUCGCCCAGAUACUCUUCGACAACACCUAAUUUCAAUCCACAAUCAACCGGUUAUCUACCCUCAACCAGUGGUUAUUCACCAUCAUCACCGGUCUAUUCGCCAACAUCGAAUUUCCCAUCAUCCAGCCCCUCAUAUGCAGGCAGUGGCUCAAAUAUGUAUUCACCAGCGAGUGCUUAUUCACCGACUUCUUCGAAUUAUUCACCAAAUUCUCCUUCGUAUUCGCCUACUUCUCCUUCGUAUUCGCCUUCAAGUCCUUCGUAUUCUCCCUCGUCGCCCUGCUACUCGCCUACAUCACCCUCUUAUUCUCCCUCAUCGCCUACUUAUACGCCAGUAACACCUUCUUAUUCACCUUCUUCACCCAAUUGUUCGUCUUCUCCACACUAUUCACCAGCCUCGCCGGCUUAUUCCCAAACAGGGGUGAAAUAUUCCCCUACAUCACCGAAAUAUUCACCACCUUCACCUUCGUACGAUGGUUCACCGGGUUCGCCGCAAUAUACCCCCGGCUCACCACAAUAUUCACCAGCAUCACCCAAAUAUUCUCCUACUUCCCCCUUGUAUUCACCGGCUUCACCACAACAUUCGCCAGCCAAUCAAUACAGCCCAACAGGUUCCAGUUAUUCGGCUACUUCUCCCCGUUACUCGCCCAACAUGUCCAUUUACUCUCCCAGCAGCACAAAAUAUUCGCCCUCGUCUCCUCCUACCUACACACCAACACGCAAUUACUCUCCAGCUUCACCCAUGUACUCGCCCACAGCUCCUUCUCACGGUUAUUCACCAACUAGUCCGGCCUACUCGCCUAGUAGUCCCACCUAUGAGGAAAGUGAUGAUUAAAUUUGACACACUAAAGCAAAUAAUUUGCUAUUUUUUGUCGUUUAUUGUAGCAGAGUGUUUGAAACAAAAAAAAAAAUAUAUAAAGCAUUUCCUAAAGGAUAUUAAAAACGUUAAACUUAAGACUUAAGGUUCUAAACAAGACACAUUAUACCAGACAAUUGGAAUAUGCACUUUAUAUUAUUCUUAUUAUAUGGAUUGUAGUAAGAAGUUUUAUUUAGGGCCUGAUUUUAAAACUCUAUAACGAGUUCCUUAAUCAGGGGGUUUAAACUUAUCUUUCAAAAUAGCUUUUUUCUCCUUUAUUUUUUUAAUUUUUUUUUUAUUAAAGUCACCAUUAUUUUUUACUAACUUAAGUUACCAAAUUUUCUUUCUUUCUUUCUAAGUUGAAAACAAUUUCAAAUUUAUCUUAAAAUGACUUUAAAAUCAAUUUUAAUUUGCAAUUAAAAUUAUAAAAAAAUUAAAUUUAUUACAAUUUUAAUUACCUAUUUGUAAUAAUUUAAAACAAGAACAACAAAUUUUAAUUUCUCUAUUAAAUUUUAACUUAAAAAAUAUAUAUUUUAUAUAAAAAACAACAGAAACAAACAAAAAUUAUAAAAAACAACAAAAAGAAAAAAAAAACCUUUAUAAUAUAACCAUUUAUUAUAGUUUGUAAUAAAUUAUAGAAAACUCAAAAAUAUACAAAAAAAAAAAAAUAA